GUCAGCUAAAUGGUUUGAAUUGUAUGCUGGCGCUGCAGCUCUACGUGCGCGUGCACUGUGCUUUCGCUACAAGGCCGUUUCACAAAGCGACUGACGUAUAGAGGCUUUACAAGCAGCUCGCAAGGAGCAAAACCUCCACAUCCAUGUCACUGUCCGGCGGGGCCGCAGUGACAGCGCAAACGUUGACACUCGCUGCCAGCCGCAGCAACCCAACUGUCGCCGCGCAGCCCCUGCCACGCCGUGCACUAGCACAUAGCUUUUCCAGCGCCUCCACCUGCGGCUGCGUGAUCAAAAGCGCGGAGCCUUGGGGCGCUUCUCCACCCAGUUGCCGUUUUGAAGGCCCGUCCACCUCUGCCCGGUCGUCACCAGGAGGGCUCUCCCACACGCCAUCUGGAUGGCGUCCGGGCCGUCGCCCGCAGCACAACAACACUCCAUCUCGACCCCAGGCACCUGCUGCUUCUGGGCGCCGCAUCAUUGCAGCUGGCAGUAGCAACAACGGUAACGGCGAUGGCGAUAGUGAUGGCAGUACCAACAACGGAACCCACCACCAGCCGCUGCCGGUGGUUGAUCCGGUGGUUCUUGACGAGUACGGCAGGCCAAGCUUACAACAAGCUAACCACAGUAGCAGUGGCAGUGGCAGCAUUGGACUUGAACCUGGCAGUUCCAAUGCAGCUGCGACUCGGGAAGCUGGCGGCAGGUCGGCCGCACCUGCGCCUGACAGCGCGCCGGCACGAUGGACUGCUGUGUUGCAGCUACCACCUGCGAUGUGGGGCCUGUCAUGGCUCUUGACGGCGGGGCCAGUCAGCGUGGCUUACGCAUGCCUAGCUGCCGCCUCCGUCAUUGCGGCAACGGUCUUUGGCGGUCUGCUGCCGGGCCCGGCCGGGGCAGCUGGCGCAACAGCAGCAGCGGCAGGGACAGCAGGGGCUGCAGGAGCGGCGGCAGGCGCACCACCUGCUGCUGCUGCUACUGCAGCGACGGCGGCGACGGCGGCGGCGGCUGCGGUGGACUGGUUGGAUGUGGCGCUCCGGACAGCCAACGGCCUGGCGGCGGGCGGCGCGGCACGGGCGCAGGUGCUGCAGGCUCUGCAGGAGGCGGGCGCGGGCUCACUGGGGAGCUGGGCGGUGCAGGCGCUGCUGCCGGCGCUCUGCGGCGCGGCAUCGGGCGCCCGCGGCCUAGCUGUGGCCCUGCAGCCGGCCGACCUCGUGCUGGGCGCCCUGUCGCAACUGAGCUCUGUGGCAGCGGGCCUGGGGGUGCUGCUGGUGAUGGGGCUGCCGCUGCGGCCAUACCUGGCGCCGUUGCUGCCGUUGCUGCCGCGCGGCCCGCCCUCACCCGCGACGAUGGCGGCGCUGCGGGCGGGCGGCGUGGCGUGCAUGGUGGCGGCGCUCACUGGGCUGCAGGCGGCGGAGGUGACCACCCCAGAGCUGGGUCGCAGCGUGCGGAGCGCCGCCGCAGCAGCUGCAGCCGGGGUGCCGCUGCCGGCCCAAAUGCAGGCGUGCCUGUACGGCGCCUUUGCGGUGGCGGCAGACGUGCUUGUGGCGGCGGCUGCGGCAAUCGUGGCGGCGCGGGCGGCGGCGGCCCUGUGGCAGGGUGGGGCAGCCGGGAGCCGCAGCGGCACCGCCAGUGCGCCAGGCGUGGUGCAGGGGAGCCGGGGGGUGAAGGCUGAGGUGGAGGUGGUCGCGGCGGAAAGCGUGCAGCUACCGAGGGUGCUGACAGGCGCACGGUGGCUGGGCGCGGGACGGCUGGUGCUGGACGUGCUGCUGCUGGCGGCGGUGGCUUGUGGCGGCCUGAGCGCGCACGUGUCAGCUGUGCGGCUUCUAGGAAUGCUUUGGCUGUUCCAGACAGCCCGGCAAGUGUCGCUUUGAGGCUCGGCCUGCACUUGGCACAGCCGUAGCAUCUAGACACUUGGGGUAGUAGCGAAUUCAUGGUGGCCGGAGUUACACGUCCACGGCUUGCAAGCCCGGAAGUCACAAUGCACAUCACGACUUAUGGUGUGUAGGCACAGCGUACGGUUGGCUCUCAGUGCACCACUUGCUGGCGCCUGUUGGACAUCAUUGUAAGAUGCAAAGCGG